AGCCGCGGCGGGGCUGCUGCCGACGGGYGUCUUCCCCCGGCUUUCUGCCCUCGCCGCCGGCGACCAGCGACACCUCCGAGCACCCCGCUGGUCCCGGGCUCGGCCGCAGCCGCGGCUUUGUGUGCGCCGCCACCUGAGGCGGGCGCGGCGGCGGUGGCGGUGAGGGGGUGGCGGUGCCCUCACGAUGCCGCUCCGCGGGCUCCUCCUGCCCCUUUGUCUGCUCUGCCUCCAGGCUGCGCUACCGCUCCGCGGCCACCGCGGCCGCUACUCCGGUGAUAAAGUCAUCCGGGUUUUUCCUGAGAGCGAGAGGGACACACAGAUCCUGAGGGCUGCAUUCAACAGGCUUAAGGUGGACUUGUGGCAGCCCAGCAGCCCCCUGCACAUCGCUGAAGGUUCAGUCGCUGACGUGCGAGUACCGCGGAACGCAACACGGAGCCUGCUGCCCUUCCUCCAGCAAGCCAACAUCCCGUACACGAUUCUCAUAUCAGACCUACAGCAAGCACUAGAAAACCAAACUGGGGUGAGGGCACACAGGAAUCGAAGGUCCCUCUCUGAGUAUAACUACGAAGUGUACCACUCCCUGGAAGAGAUUGAGGACUGGAUGCAUUAUUUGAACAGAACUCAUUCAGAUCUUGUUCACAUGUUCUCUGUUGGAAAAUCCUAUGAAGGGAGACCACUGUUUGUACUCAAGUUAGGUAAAAGAUCACGGCCCUACAAGAAAGCUGUCUGGAUGGACUGUGGGAUUCAUGCAAGAGAGUGGAUUGGCCCUGCCUUUUGCCAGUGGUUCGUGAAAGAAGCUCUUCAGACAUACCAGACUGAUCCUGACAUGAGAAAGAUGCUAACUCAGCUGUAUUUCUAUAUCAUGCCUGUAUUUAAUGUGGAUGGAUAUCAUUUCAGCUGGACAAAUGAUCGAUUUUGGAGAAAAACAAGAUCAAAGAAYAUGAGGUUUCAUUGUCAUGGUGUUGAUGCUAAUCGCAACUGGAAAGUGAAAUGGUGUGAUGAAGGUGCUUCAUUGCACCCGUGUGAUGACACUUACUGUGGUCCCUUUCCCGAGUCUGAGCCUGAAGUAAAGGCUGUUGCUCAUUUUCUCCGCAAACACCGGAAACAAAUAAAAGCCUAUUUGUCCUUCCAUGCAUAUGCACAGAUGCUGCUCUACCCUUACUCUUACAAAUAUGCAACCAUUCCAAACUUCAACUGUGUGGAAUCAGCAGCCUAUAAUGCUGUUAAUGCUCUUCAGUCAGCCUACGGUGUAAGAUACAGAUAUGGCCCUGCAUCCAGCACUUUGUAUGUGAGUUCAGGCAGCUCUAUGGAUUGGGCCUACAAAAAUGGCAUCCCCUAUGCAUUUGCRUUCGAACUGCGUGACACUGGCCAUUUUGGAUUUUUACUUCCUGAGACACUGAUCAAACCAACCUGCACAGAGACCAUGCUUGCAGUUAAAAAUAUAACUCUUCACUUGCURAAGAAAUGUCAUUGAGAUUGAUUCCUAGGAGCUGGAAGUGGACGUUUUAUUCCCAGUGCUGACGCCACCCAGUUUUAAGUUUGGCCACUCGAAACUUCUAGAAGCUAAUGGGAAAUAUGGUAUUGUUUCUGCCAAAUUUACUUGGUGGAAAAUGGAAAAAAAAAUUAUAUUUGCUCUUCUAAAGCCCACUAAGCUGAUAUACUAACUUAGUUAC